GCCAAAACAAUCCCGGCUUCGCCAUCUUGCGGUGUCAGCGUGAGGCACUGCAAGAGAGAAGCUGUGUCAAUGUAGAUACCGUCACUGUUUUAUAGCAGAAUAUUUGUGUAUUCUCUGUGCAUAUGUUAAUGCCUACUGUGAGAUGCUACGUACGUAACAGGAGCAGCGUCGUUACACAAUGAGGUCCCGGUCCGGCUACGACAGUAACUCCAGCGAUGAGGGCGGCGCUUCGGACGAAUCGUCGGCGGAGGAGGCGGCGGCGCCGGUCUCCGCCCGGGCCACGGGAACCAGGAAGCAUAUCAACAAAGGCCGCUGGAGCAAGGAGGAGGAUUCCCGGCUGAAGCAGCUGGUGGAAGUGUACAGUGAGCGCUGGGAGAUAAUCGCGAAACAUUUCCCUGAUCGGUCGGACGUGCAGUGCCAGCAGCGCUGGCAGAAAGUCGUCAAUCCGGAGCUCGUCAAGGGUCCAUGGACGAAGGAGGAAGAUGAAAAAGUUGUGGAACUGGUGGAGCGUUAUGGACCAAAGAAAUGGACAUUGAUUGCCCGCCACCUAAAGGGCCGCAUUGGCAAGCAGUGCCGAGAGCGCUGGCACAAUCACCUCAAUCCUAACAUAAAGAAGACUGCGUGGACAGAAGAGGAGGACAUGGUCAUCUAUAGGGCGCAUCAGCAAUGGGGCAACCAGUGGGCUAAAAUAGCAAAGCUGCUGCCUGGCAGGACAGACAACGCAAUAAAGAAUCACUGGAACUCAACAAUGCGUCGCAAGUACGAAUCGGAUGAUCGUUGCGAGGGUCAGAGUCGGCGUGCUAAGACGAGGGCUGCGAAACAGACGAGUGUCGGUGCUAGUGUUUCCAACUCUGCUUGCACGACAGAUGAUAUUGACGAUAAAUCAGUUCAGUCACAGUUCCGAAACAAUCUUACUACAUCAGCAUCUCGUAGUGAUUAUUUGGCAAGGUCUGCUGACACAUAUAGCAAUGACAAAUGGUCACCAGCCAGCUGUGACCAGCAGACUCCAAAUACAAGUUUUCAUUCGUCAGUCGAGCAAGUUGCUCCAUCAUGUGGAACCCUGUUUCCUUCUGAGCAACUGCAUGAACAUUUCUUCAAAUCAGAUUCGCCAAUGAAACUGGCACGUCCAAAUACUCCAGAGUACAUUCUGUCAUCUCCCCUCAGGUAUUUCGAUAUGGAAAUGCUAUCUCAUCCAAGUCCCAUGAAAUUGGAAUCCGAUGAGGGUUUUUCUGAUGUUAAUGUAAUGGAUUUGGUACAUGGAGAUGGUUAUGGUUCUUCAGACAUAUCACCAGAUAAGAAUUUGGAGGAUCGUAAGAAGGGGCCGAUUGGUUUGCGAUUUGAUGGUCAGACAAUCCAGAACAUACAGUCAGAGUUGGCAGCUGCUGGUGUGGUUAGAACAGGGAGCCUGAUUCCAUUUUCUCCAAAUGUUGUUGCAGCAGCCAAGAUGUCAUCUCCACCGCCAAUAUUACGUAAAAGUAUAACUCGAAAGCCAAUAAAAGUUGAGCCAUGUGACAAUUCCCUUGACAAUUUUGCAUUGAGUGAAAUGGCUGCUUCUUAUCAGGCAUCUGACAUGAGUGAUUCCCCAGCAUACAGUACAAAUCUGCUUUGUAGUCCAUCAACACCUGGGAAAUCAGUUCCAUUCAGUCCUUUGCAGUUCCUGAAUACCAGUUUUUCGCUUGAAGACAAUUUUUCAAGUCCUUUCCGUCGCUUUGCUACUGGCCAGUCCACACCUGUUCGUGGUGGAGGAGCAGAUGAAGCUCAACAAGAAGAUAGUCCUGGACCAUUGUGUACGCCUAACCCCCCUCUCCCAGUUGGUCUCUUCAAGAAGGAACCAUCUAGCAAAGAACACUGUACGCCAAGCAAGUCGAGGCGCAGUCUGCUUAGUACACCACGGACACCAACUCCUUUUAAGGAUGCUUUGGCUGAAUGCCAAAAGAAGGGCGGUGUGAACUACAUGCCACAAACGCCUACAAGGCUGGUUGAAGAUAUCACUGAAAUAAUUAAAAAUGAGCAGAACUUGUCAGACACACAGUAUGAUAUGCAUGGCAAUUCACUCUACAUUGGCCAGAAUGGCCUGGGUGACAGUGGCUAUCUUACUCAUAAGCGGAAAGCAUCACCGGCGACGGGCAAGGAAAAUACUCUUCCUAACAAACGUGUCCGUAAAGCUUUGGCACCUUCUUGGAGCACACCAGGAAAUGUUACAGUUCCAGGAGUCACCGAUUGCUUAUUUAUGUCAGAGACACCUAGUAAAUCACUGGAGGCAGACACGUCAGUUCUGUUUUCCCCACCAUACAUACUGAGAGAAGUACUCCCAGAAGCAGAUGAGCUAGGAGUUAAUGAAAAUCCUCCGCCUAAUAUUCGGAAGCUUUCACCUGCAGCAAAGCCUCUUGGAUUGUUCAAAUCUGCUGUGAAGAGGAUAAACUUCGGGGAAGUCACCAAUAUUCGUGGGCUGCCAAAGCUUGAUGUGCGAUGGGAGAUGGUAGCUUGUGGUCGUACAAGAGAUCAGUUGGAACUAACUGAACAGGCCCACAGGUACCUCAAUCAGUCUGCUCUACAGCCCCGGUCACUCAACCUUUAGAAAGGUUGCGAACAACAUGUGAUAUUAUGUUAAAGUAUAAAAUGUGCUCAGCAAUUGAGUGUUGUAUUAUACUUGUUAUAAUUAAAAACUAUCCAGUAUUUUUGGUACGUGGAGAAAAUGUACUGCUUUUAUGUGGUACAUGAUGUUUAUUAUGAUACCUCUUCUGUGAAAUAAUAGAAGACAUUCAGUUAUCUGGCAGUGAGUGUAGAAAAGUGAAAAAACGUUGGAGGGGACACUUGCUCGGAGAGCACAAUGUGUUCUGUCAUGGUCUGGUCAAAUGAUGUAACGACACAUUGAAAAUUGUGUGUGUGUGUGUGUGUGUGUGUGUGUGUGUGUGUGUGUGUGUGUCAGUCAGUCAGGGAAGUAAUAGGAGAAAGAGAGAAUAGUACCAAGUAAGUUAAUCAGCCAGAUGAGAACUGCAGUGUGUGUAAACGUCUGAAAAAAUUGUUAAGUUUCCUUGAAAUGUUAUAGUUUAUUUCUUUCUGUUUUUUAUGUGUGUGUUACUCUUGCAUUUAAUUUAUUUUGUAUGUACUAUGCUAAUACAUUAAUUUGUACAUGUAAAAGCAUAUUUAGGGUGGUUUUGUAAGAAGAUAACAGAGAAAACUGGAAAAAGAAUAAUAUUACUUAACUUUCUUCAGUCUGUAUAAUUUUGUAAAACAGCUAUCAGUGAAUAUAAAAACAAGUAUUGUGAAACAGAUAUGUAUCGUGUGUGAUGCUGCUUGCAUGAAAUGCAGAGCUCACGUUGAAUAGAGAAGACAACUGUUUCACAAGUGUUUAGUUUUAUACUUUAUUGAACAUAUAACACAGCUCUCACGUGCACAACUUUCACUGCAUUAUAUUAUAAGCAUUUAAUUACACAGUAGUGGCAGCUUUAAGUUUUAGCACUCACCUUUUCUUUGAAGGUUUUAGGGUAAAAAAAAUUAUUACAUGCAUGUGCUGUGUAUUAAUAAUAAAUUUCACUUGUACCUGGUGGUUGUUGUAAGAAACUACACUACUAAUGAGUCUCGUGCAGGAGUGUGAUAUCAGGUUUGAGUAACUGAAUGUUAACUUGUAAUAUCAUUGAUGUAGGAGAUGUAUGCAAUACAGUUAAGUGUUUUGUAUGAGAGUGGUGGCAAAUGUAUUUUAUAUGCUUACAUAUUUUGUGUGUGGCAUGGAGCCAUCACAUCACAUCAUUUCAUUCUCAGAGAUGCAUGUUCAGCACCAUGGUUGUGUUUCCUCAUUCUUUGAGUUUGAAUAUUGAGGGUCUUACGAGCUGUAGAUAAUCAUUUAUGUGGCCUUUCCUUAAAACAACGAGCUCAUAAUUAUGUGCCUUACCUUUGAUAUAUUUAAGAAGUGGAAAACAAGAGAACCGUUAGUGUGAUGUAAAUGUUUAUUAUGCAUUUUGCUUGAAGUAUUGUCAGUGUUGAAAACCAAAUAAUUUCACAUUGUAUCUUUCUGUGGGCAUUUUGCCCACAAAGAAGACUGUAUAGAUGUAACAAAGUAUUUUCAUCGAAGAACACUGUGCCUUCAUGUGAUUAAUAUGUUAAUUGGACUACAAAUAGUUUCAUAUUGUGGCUGGAUCUGACAUAAACCUGUAAAGAAGACUGUACAGGAAGAAAUAUAAACUUUCAUUUAAAAACUGUA